GCGCCCGGCGGGCCGAUGGCGGCGGGCAGGCGGCGGGGGCUCGAGGCGAGCGGCCGGCCCCGGGCAUGGCCGGCGCCCUGCUGCUGCCGCUGCUGCUGCCGCUGCUGGCCUGCGCCUGGCUGGGUGCGAGCCAGGAGGCGCCUCGGACCCCCGACUGGCGGCUGACGCUGAAGACGAUCCGCAACGGGGUGCACAAGAUCGACGUGUACCUCAACGCCGCCCUCGACCUGCUGGGCGGCGAGGACGGGCUGUGCCACUACAAGUGCAGCGACGGAUCAAAGCCCUUUCCUCGCUACGGAUAUAAACCUUCACCACCAAAUGGCUGUGGAUCCCCUCUAUUUGGGGUUCAGUUUGACAUUGGGAUCCCUUCGAUGACAAAGUGCUGCAAUCACCACGACAGAUGUUACGAUACUUGUGGCAAUAAAAAAAAUGACUGUGAUGAGCAAUUUCAGUCCUGCCUCUCCAAAAUUUGCAGAGAUGUGCAGAAAACACUUGGAAUAUCAGAGAGCGUACAGGCUUGUGAAUCAACUGUCCAGCUGUUGUUUGAUGCAGUUAUACAUUUAGGAUGUAAGCCAUACCUGGACAGCCAGAGAGCUGCCUGUAUGUGUCGGUAUGAGGAUAAGACAGAUCUCUGAAAGAUAUGGACAUCUUACAGUUCAGAAUGAAGUAAAAGACUCAACUGGAAUGAAGCAAGACUUUGGCUAAAGCUUUACACUUUCCAGAAAGUAAUAUAUUAAAUGCGGAUGUGAAUAACUGGUUUGAAAGUUACUGUGAUAUUCUUCCUCGUGUUUAAAAAAAAGAAAAAAAAAAGUAUCAAGUCUUCGUUAUCUUUCCCUUUACACUAGAAGUGUGGAAACUGAAAUUAGAUUCCUUUGGUGGACAUACACUGAGGGUAUGCUAUUGUAAAACACCAGUGCUAUUUUAAAUUAAAACAAAAAUGCACAGUGAGGAAAUCAGAGGCACAGAAGAGUUGAAUUCUCAGGUGAUUUUUAAUGUAGGUCAAAUGUUAGGUUUCCUAGCAGUUGAUGCUUCUGAUAAGAUCUAUCAGGAAAGAGUGUUUUGUGUGAGUUAAUAUGGCAUCUUGCAUAGCCAAUACUUUCAUGCUUUUGGUACAACUGCCUUCAGUUCUUUCCGAUGUAUUCUGUCCUGUGGGUUUGUUUUAAAACAAAAUAAAACAAAAGAAAGCCCUAAGCAAGGGUAUAUAUCUGCACUAUAUAUUUCUACCUGAUUCUGUAUCAAACUUACUUUUGCAGCACUUUUCAGAUCAAGUAAGUUGAUCCUUCUAAGGCUUGACUGCUAAAAUGAACAGUUUGCAACCUAAGGAUAUACUUCUGAUUUGAGAAACUGCUGGAAUGUAUUUGUAAUGUUACAUAAUUUUAAAAACGAUUCAAGUGUUUAUUUUUCAAAUGAAACGUGUUGUGUAUUAUAUGCAUAGAAAGGAUAUAUUGUUCAAAGAGGUUGAUUUAUAUUUGUUUUGUGGCACCACUUGGUUACUGUGUUCAUCUUUGCUUUCAUUUAGUCAGUUCUGAUUGAAAACUAGAGGAAGGUUCCACGGAUAGGGUCAGCAUGUCCAAUAAACCUUUUUAUUUAAAAUGCCUGCUGUGACACUAGCAGAAAUUUGAGCUUGUAUUUCUGUCGUGUAUUCCCAUGACCUCUGUGAGGCUGACAAACAUCUGAGCCUUUAUUUCUGUCAUCGAUUUCUUCUGUGACGUCUCUAGCUGAAAUCAUCAGAUGUCUGUAUUAUAUGGGAUUUGUCCUCCGUCCUGAUCUUUUGUUGCUAAUCUCCAGUUGUCAGACCUCAGUUAACUUUUGCAUUAGAUCCUGUCCUGCUGCUCUGUUUUGCCUUAGAAAUCCACUGAAGACAACUGAAAAUCAAGAUACUGCAUCGGUGAAUGGGGAGCAGAGACUGUGUAGAAAGCCUAAAAUUUACCUGACUCGUGGAUUGUGAUUUCUCUCUGGAAGUGCUUUUAUAUGUUUUUGCUUUACCGAUUGUUUGUGGCGUUUUUGUUUUUCACUAGAGCUUACUGUACAUGAUGCAAUAUAAGUGCCUCAGAAUAAAGUUCCUGCUGAAGUUCUUUGGCCA